CCGGUUGCUGGGAAUUGAACCCAGGUCCUCUGGAAGAGAAGCUGUGUGGGAUGACUGACUGGCUGACGGAAAGCCCCCAAGGACGGGGCCGCAAGAUCUAGCUGCCAUUAGUUCCCUUCCUGGCAGCCUGGGAACUGCCUCUCAGGCACCUCGGGCGCCAUGGACUCCCCAGGGUACAACUGCUUUGUGGACAGGGACAAGAUGGACGCAUCCAUCCAGGACCUGGGGCCAAAGGAACUGAACUGCACGGAGCUGCCGGAGUUGAAGCAGCUGGCACGGCAGGGCUACUGGGCCCAGAGCCACGCCCUGCGGGGCAAAGUGUACCAGCGCCUGAUCCGGGACAUCCCCUGCCGCACCGUCACGCCUGACGCCAGCGUGUACAGCGAUAUCGUGGGCAAGAUUGUGGGCAAGCACAGCAGCAGCAGCUUGCCCUUGCCUGAGUUUGUGGACAACACUCAGGUGCCCACCUACUGCCUGAACACGCGGGGUGAGGGGGCUGUGCGCAAGAUUCUCCUGUGUAUCGCCAAUCAGUUCCCCGACAUCUCCUUCUGCCCCGCCCUGCCCGCCGUGGUGGCCCUGCUGCUGCACUACAGCAUCGACGAGGCCGAGUGUUUCGAAAAGGCCUGCCGCAUCCUAGCUUGCAAUGACCCCAGCAAGAAGCUCAUUGACCAGAGCUUCCUGGCCUUCGAGUCCUCCUGCAUGACAUUUGGGGACCUGGUGAACAAGUACUGCCAGGCGGCCCACAAACUGAUGGUGGCUGUGUCAGAGGACGUCCUGCAGGUCUACUCUGACUGGCAGCGAUGGCUGUUUGGGGAGCUGCCCCUCAAUUACUUUGCUCGUGUUUUUGAUGUCUUCCUUGUAGAAGGCUACAAGGUAUUGUACCGCGUCGCUCUGGCCAUCCUCAAGUUCUUCCACAAGGUGAGAGCAGGACAGCCCCUCGAGUCAGACAAUGUAAAGCAGGACAUCCGCAUAUUUGUCAAGGACAUUGCCAAGACAGUGUCCCCUGAGAAACUACUAGAGAAGGCUUUUGCCAUCCGCCUGUUUUCCCGAAAGGAGAUCCAGCUCUUGCAAAUGGCCAAUGAGAAAGCACUAAAGCAGAAGGGCAUUACUGUCAAACAGAAGAGUGUCUCACUUUCUAAAAGGCAGUUUGUGCACUUGGCUGUCCAUGCAGAAAACUUCCGCUCAGAGAUCGUCAGCGUGAAGGAGAUGAGAGACAUCUGGUCCUGGAUCCCCGAGCGUUUUGCCCUCUGCCAGCCCCUCCUACUCUUCUCCUCGCUGCAGCACGGGUACAGCCUAACCAGGUUCUAUUUCCAGUGUGAAGGACACGAGCCCACCCUCCUGCUCAUCAAGACCACACAAAAGGAGGUUUGUGGCGCUUACCUGUCAACAGACUGGAGCGAAAGAAAUAAGUUUGGAGGCAAACUGAGCUUCUUUGGAACCGGAGAGUGCUUUGUUUUUAGGCUGCAGCCAGAGGUGCAGCGUUACGAGUGGGUGGUCAUCAAGCAUCCAGAGCUGACUAGGCCGGCAUCCUUCAAGUCCCCAGAGGCUGCAGCCGCUCCUUCCCUCCUCAGCCACUCCGUCUCUUCAGACCCUGCUGAUCGGCUCUCACCUUUCCUGGCUGCCCGGCACUUCAACCUGCCCUCCAAGACUGAAUCCAUGUUCAUGGCUGGGGGCAAUGACUGCCUCAUCAUUGGGGGAGGAGGUGGCCAAGCACUCUACAUUGACGGGGAUCUGAACCGCGGCCGCACUGGACACUGCGACACCUUCAACAACCAGCCCCUCUGCUCUGAGAACUUCCUCAUCUCAGCUGUGGAGGCCUGGGGCUUCCAAGACCCUGACACCCAGUGAUGGGUCUGCGUUGAUGGUGACUGAGCCCUAUCAUGGAGUGAUGGGGCGGAGGCCAAGCUGCCUCUUGAGGGGGCAGGGAGUGAGUGAGACACCACCCCUAUGAAGCAGUCAGGCUUGGUGCGCAGUGGGGACGUCACUGUCACCAGCCAAGCCUGGCUGCUGCUUGGAUUGGCUGCCCCUCUGCCUUGGACCUGUUAGGCUAGGACCCCUGAACCCUCCUGCUUCUGAGCUCGAGGGGCUCUUAUGCUCCCAACGCUGUCCAGUGUCUGCCCUCACCCUGGGUCCUGGCUCUGCGUGGAGGUGUCCUGUGCCCAAGAUUGUCCAGGGCUCCGUUGCUCUGCCCCUGGGCCUCAGCCCUUUGUAGGGAAAGGGCAAAUGAAUCCUCUUGCCAAAUGUGGGUCUGUGGUGCCCCCUGCUGGUUCUUUGGCUCUGUAGCGCCUCAGGCCUCUGACCCUCUGAGGCUUCUCUGAGCUGCAUUUGCUGCUGCAGGAUAGGAUGGGGAGGGCAGUAUUGUGCAGGGCUCUGCAGCUUCUUGAAGGAUGAAGGCCGGAGAGCUGUCUUUUGUCUUUGUGUUUCUGCAGAGCCCGAAGCUCCUGCUGCACCUCACUGCAAGUCCACACCUGAAGGUGGCCUCUGGAGAGACUUCCUUUGACCAACCUGGCCAGUCAGCUCCCUUUCCAGGGUUCUCCUGAUUCUCCUCAGAGAUGGCGGGGCGCAGUGAGGCUGUUGCCCUCCUCUGUCCACCCCUGCCGCCUCCUUGAACUCCUGUAGUCAUGGUGACUCCUGUGUUUCCUUUCCUUGUCACCGUAGUGACUGAGGCCCAGGGUCACCCGAACCCUAGCAUGGCAUGCUUGUCUUAGUUCAGCCUUCUGCCUUCUCCUGGGGCCUGUGGUUCCCUGUUCACACAGCAUUUGAUAAACCAGUGUGACUUUCAGACCCCUGUGCUGUCCCGAUGGCUGGUCACAUGCCGUGUUUUCUGUGUGCUCCCCCUUCUCCCUUCCGGUCUCCGGAUGUCUGUGCUCCUUGAGCCCUGUACUGGCCUGGCACACAGUAGAUGCCGAGGGAAGUACCACCUCCGAGAGGACUGCAGCAAGCUCCAUUUCCCCAUGACCUCCCUCCUACCCUGUGACCUCCCUCAGCUGGUCCUGAGGGUCUAGGCACCACAGAGGAAGAAAGAAAAAGCAGUGGCCCAAAUGGCUGUGCUGGGGCCAUAGAAGUCUGGAUCAUAAGGACAGUUGCCUGGUUCCCCCAUGACUGUGUCUGGCAUGCCUCAGUCAGCAUGUGUCACACCAAUGCUCGUCUCUGUGAUGAUACUCUUGCUGUGGGAGGUUUAUCCUUCCCUGUUCCAUCUAUUCACAUCAGCUCCUAGCAAGACCACAGUGGCACAAGAGGCAGGGCAGGGAGGAGCCCUCUGAACCUUUGGGCCAUCUGGUAAACCUGAAUAGAACUGUGGACUCUGCACAGUGGACCAGUUCUCCCGCCAUGCUGGCUUCUGGGGCAGGUCGACUUGACUCUAGAGGGAAGCAUACUGGGGAGCUGUUGCCGCUCACCUCCUCGGAGUGUUGUAGCCCCUCCCACCCACUGCUCUGAGCCCAUGGUCCCUGCCUGUACUCCCUCCCAACUUUGGUGUUCACUUAACACCAUCUUGGUUUUUGUUAUUGUUGUUUCUGGCAAGAUCUUACUAGGUAACCUAUUUGGUCUGGAACUCCCUAUGUAGCCCAGGCUAACCUACAAACUCCCUAUGUAGCCUAGGUUGGCCUCAAAAUCAUGACCUGCCUCAGCCUCCUAAGUGCCAGGCUCAGAGGCAUUAAGCUCAGCACUUUCCUCUUGCAUUAACUCUGAGGCCCCCAGGACUUUCCCAGGCUGUGCCAUCAUGAUGCAUGAGUCCCAUGCAUUGCCACUGGGACUCAGACGCCUGUCAGAAGCAGAUUAAGUUAACUGGGCAGUGUGUGCAGGGCCCUGCAAGGUUCCUGACUGGGUAGUAGAUUUCUUGUUUUGUGUGGCCCCCACUGGCCUUCCUGGGGGUCCAGCCCAAGAAGACUGGUCGAUACUUAGUCACGAUUACAUCAUAAGCAAAGUUCUUAGCUUUUACCCACAGCAUACUCAGUUCUUUAAAUUUAAUAUCUCCUUUUUUCUGACUUUUCUACCAAAAGGCGUGUGGCAUUCUCUUUAUAUUUUUAUUCUUAUCUGAUACUGAGUGUUUCUACUUAGUAUUUAUUAAUAUUUUCUAUUAUUUAUUAGCUUUUGAUGUUAAAAACAAGCCAAAACUUGAUGGCAUUGUAUAAGAAGUUAUAUUUUAUCAGCAUUUAAAUAUUUGUUUUUAAAACAAAUAUUGAACUUACUAUAAGCCAGUUCGUUAAACUAAAUAACUUUGUUACUAUAAACCAUAUGCCUUUGGGGACCUCAGAAAAUCAGUUUGUACUUUGGUUUUGUUUGCGACAAGAGCAGUUUCACGUAGCUUGGGCUAGCCUUGGACUCUCUUUUUGCUUCCACACCCCACAUGUUCGGAUCACAGGUGUGCCACUUUGCGUGGUAAUAAUCAGCUCAUUUUAAAAAUAAUUUAUGAUACAACAGUGGGUGUUUGCAUUUUAAGAAUUUCUCUAUUGUAAUUAUUGAACUUAAUUACUAUUUUAGUUUUUCUUAUGUCUGUGAGCUGCCACCUGGGUGCUGGGCAUUGAACCGGGGUCUCUGCAAGAGCAGC